AUGGUUUCUAUCAAGGUUCGUAUAUCCCAUCAGUCUGCUGCCAAAGCCACUGAGGCGACGGCAAAUUCCCCUCCGACGGACUCUUCGCCAGGAAAGUUGAAUCUAAAUCUUUUGUUGCCAAGUCUCAAGCUGAUAUUUUCAGCGGCCCACUUUGUUGCCUUGGCAUCGAAUGAGGCUCACACGCCACGUCAGUCCGUCGUCAAAGCGACAGCCAACUUGGUCGCUGGACAGAUGUUGGCCCAACUUGAGGCCAGGCCUGUUUCGUGGUGUCGGACUGCCGGUCCCAACGAGGCCUUGUCCCGUACCGGUUGGCAGUCGCGACUGCAGGAUUUGACGCAUGUGAGCCGUCGACGUCUGCUUCGAGUCGCCCUCAGAGACCGUGUCUUCGGACGAUCUCGUCUCUCGGCUCGUCUUGAGGCGGCUUUGGAGGCCGGAGCCUCCGGCGCCCACUUUCCGGUUCAUGUUAUUGGCGAUACCUUCUCCGGGAAGACGACAUGUCUGGCCGAACUGGCUCUGCUCCCGCUUCAUCAGACCCCUCCUUAUCCCCCGCCUCCUCUCCCCCCGCGGCCCUCCUGUCCGCCCACUCAGACGCCACAGACUCUUGCCUCAUCGGCUGCCUCCUCCCUCUCCCCUCCAUCGGGUCAGGCGUGCCGUUGCUUCGGUUGUCAUGCGAAGCGGCAGCUCGUAUGGUUGGUCACUGUCAUCUCCUGCAGAGAUCUGCUACUCGUCGACGAUCGGUUGCCAAGUACAAGUCUUGAAGCCGCAAUCUGUCACUCACUUUCCAUGCAGGCCGACCGAUUUGGCCUGGCCGAACUGAAGACCGACCGACUUUCCGAAGCCUUCGACAGGCUGUCCCGAGUCUCUGUAUACCCUCGGGCCCUAGCAACCACAGGCCAGCCCUCGAGGGAGUCGUCUGUCGUUUGGCUCAUCCUCCUCGACGAUGUAGAUGUGCUCGCCUCGUCUCAACACCACCGGCAGCUCGACAAUCUGCUGGCCACAGUCCUACCGCCUCGAGUCAAUCUCGUUGUUAGCCUGACGAGCCGUGGCUACCGAUCGCCUGGCAACUGGUUGUCUCGGCUCGACGACUCGGGGCUUCUGGUGUCUUGCGCGUCCGGCUGGAUACCGCUGGUGCCGGGCGAUUUGUCCGCAGCCGGCCAUCUUUUGCCUGCUAUAGACGAAUUGUCGUCGAGUGAGGGAUGGGAGGUCAGUGACAGGAGAACCGCAAUCAACGCUCUCAGAAACGGUCUUCUCUGGCACAGGCUUUCUCCGGAGGCGGUUGGCGACGAGGCGAAACCACUGCUGUUCGGGCUAGAGAGCCUCUGGUUGAUCCAUUUGGCUUUGGGUCGUCAUGUCAUCACGAGGCAGGUCACCGUAUCCAAUGCAGCAUUGUUGGAUGUUGGGUCUUGGUAUUGCUUAUUUUCUUCUCGGUCGCCAAGACCUUGUUCAUGCAUACUUGCACCUUCUAUCUACCAGUUUUAUGUCGGCCAUUGUCAUCGACUUCAAAUGAGUGCACUCAAGUGA